GGUGAUGUAAGACGCGCAAGUGUUUAGAUGUCUCGUGUUUUCACAUUUCUUCUGUCUUUGCAAAUUCAUUUUUCCUUCGUUUUCUGGUCAUCGACUACAAGAGCGUCUGCUUUCAGCAGCAGUGACGGAUGUUUUGGCGCUGCUGAACGCGUCAUGUGACGGCGGUGUGCAGAGACUGUCAAGAAAAGGCAUCCUGACCUAUUUUGUGCAUGCAGAAGUGGCCCCAUGGGUGUCCUGCGGCUGCUGUCGGUCACCAUGGGACGGAUCAGCACUUUUAGGUCCUAUCAGAUCAUGUUGCUCUUUGCUGCCGCUCUGGCGGUGGUGGCUUUCUACUACUUCGGGUCCGAAAAUCAGAACUUCUCCAGCACCACAAAACGGAUCAAGGAAACACAAGCGAGCCACAAUACCAACCGUGAUGAUGCAGAUCUUUCUGUAGACAUCCGGUCCGGGCAUCCAGAAAACAGAAUGGGAAUUGGAGAUGAGCUGGAGGGAAAGCCAUCACGCUUUCAUGCUCUCAUGAUGUUCACCAAGGUUGACAGGAGCUUGAGCUUGCAGGAGAAGUUUCAGGUGGCCAUGCGCUCCAUGGCCAAACACGGACGGUUUCUGGAGGACGAGAUGCUGGUUCUCCAUUACGUCUCUGAUGCGGGGAGUCAGGAGCUCGGGAGGAAGAUGCUUCCUGAACUUCUGCUCGAUGCAACAUUCAAGUACGAGGUGGUGUUUCAUGAGGUAGAUACCCUUACGGAGAAAUUAUUCCCUAUUGUGGAGGCCAUGCAGAAACACUUUAGUGCAGGGUCCGGCGCGUAUUAUAGCGACGCCAUCUUCUUCCUGUCAGUGGCCAUGCAUCGCAUCAUGCCUGCAGAACUGAAGCGCAUUGUUCAGCUGGACCUGGACCUCAAAUUCAGAAGCAACAUCAGAGACCUCUUCCAAGAGUUUAACCAUUUCCCAUCGGAGGCCGUCAUUGGAAUUGCACGUGAAAUGCAGCCCGUUUACAGACAUACUUUCUGGCAGUACCGCAAAGAGAAUCCCAAGUCCCGUGUGGGUGACCCUCCACCAGACGGUCUUCCUGGCUUCAACAGCGGCGUAAUGCUACUAAACCUCGACGCCAUGCGUCGCUCCACCUUAUACAACCAGCUUCUGGAGCCCGAGCGGGUGGCUCACCUGGCGGAGAAAUACCACUUCCGGGGCCACCUGGGCGAUCAGGAUUUCUUCACAAUGAUCGGGAUGGAGCACAGGGAACUCUUUCACCCCCUUUCCUGCGGCUGGAACCGACAGCUUUGCACAUGGUGGAGGGAACACGGGUAUGGUGACGUCUUCCAGCUGUACUAUCACUGCGAUGGCCCCGUGCACAUCUACCACGGCAAUUGCAACACCCCCAUACCUGACGAUUGAGGUUCAGAGUUUUCAAUUAAACUCUUUUGGUUUGCACAUCUUGAACAAACUUUAAAUCAAAUGGACCGAGGCAGAAGGAGCUCGUUGUUUGAGGUGCUAAUAGUGUUGCAUUCCCAUGACUAAUCACAUUUACACAAUAUACUCCAGCCAUUACCACAUUAAUCAUUCAUUUAACACCACUGAGGCUGUUUGUGCCUUUCCAAAGUUACUGAAAGAGUCUGGCUUAAAUACCAGUUGUUUUUCUCUAUUUAAAUAAUGCAGUAGAGUUUUCUCAUGCAGGUGUUUCAUCAAAUCACUCUUUGACAGCAGGUUGGUAAGGAGCCAAUCAGAAAGUGUUUUCCUUGUCGUGAUGCCACUCUGUGUUGUUUACAGGUGCGGUUGCACUCUUGCAUUCACAUUAAGGUAGCACUUAUCUUCUGCAUAUAAUUUGUACUGUCAUUAACCUCUCCUAACUUUAAUUUCAUGCAAUGCAUUCCCACUUUAAGCCACAUUUUCACUGUUUUUAUGGAGUGAUUAUGAGAAACGAGAGGGGAAAGGGUGUUGACCCACUUUUCUCUGAUGUGCAAGUGAAUCGCUUUAGAAUAGCCAAGAUAGCAUCUAGAACAUCUGAUCGGUGGUCUCAGCAGGAAAAUGCUGUGAUCCGCCUGAGAAAUGUGGAAGUGGGAUUUGCCGAACUAUUCCAAAGGGAACAGUCUCUUUCCUAAGGGAGAUGUACUGUACGCUGGAUUUCGAGGGCAGAGCUCUGGCUGUUGUGGUUGGCUGGCAUUUAUUGAGCGAUGUUGCUGUUGGCGAAACUGAGCGGGAUUGUGUGAAAUGCUCGUAAAGACCUGCACAGUGUCAAAUCAACAGGCUGGAGAGAAAGAACUUGGUAAUGAGGCCUCAUGUGUUGGCGGGCAGCCAUGGGAUCCCACUUUGGGCUCUUUUGUGUCCUGUAUUGUGAGGUUAAGGACUGUGCGUCUUUGGCAUCUUUCUUUGGUGAAUUUGUUUUUUGUUUUGUUGGGAGUGCAGUCAUGUUUUGUCUAGACCAGCUUUUGCCUGAUCGAGUUAAAUGCAAAAUGUUUAACUAAUUAACCUUUAAUCUGCUAGUCCAAUUUUACAAAGCAUGUUUAGGUGUAAAUCUUAUUUGUAUGUUAUCGUUCAAAAGUUGGGGGAAGGAAAGAUUUCUACAUGGGUUAAAAAUAUUUAAUCGAAAAGUAAUCGAAACCGAAAUUCAGAACCUCUUUUCCCAUGUCAUUUUUUUUUUAAACCUGUUAAUACAUUCCCAUUAAAAACAUAUUACUGUGUGUGUAGUCUGCGUUAUACGGACAUGUAUGACCAAUGCACUUGCGUCUUUUGCAGCGUCGCGCACGUAAAUGGCACGUUUAAGUUGACGCCGUGUCAAGUUAACAGAAUUUAGGGGCCAUUCACACAAAACUCGUUUUUCCUUUCCAGUGCGCUACUUUUCUAUUGUUCUUUUAUGUAAACGCGCUUGACAGACGUGCAUGAUCGUUACGCUCGCGUUUCUCUUUUGCAAAACAUGAGUGCUGUGCACCGCUACUAGUGUAACUGUCAGUUCCAAAGCAGUGGACCAAUCAGAAGAACUCGGGGGCGGGGCAAGCGUUGCAAGCUUCAGUUUAAAGCAGGAAGUUGGCAUGACAACUAUUUUAUUUGAUGGCAACAUGGCGAAGGAGGCGCUCAUAGUGACUGUGUCCGGAUACCCUGAAUUAUAUAACAUUUCUUCAAGCGAUAAUCACAACUUGUUCCUUAAAAAAAGGCUUGGAGAGAAAUAUCUCUGUCACUGAAUGUUGUCGUUAUUGCAUCAUGUGUGAAAAGAGCGUCUCGAGACCCUCGUGUUCUACACAACCGGCAACCUCCCGGUCUCCCUCUUUAAGUCAACACAGAAGUGACUAAAACUGCAAUUCAUCGACUGGCCGCUAGAGACUGGCUGCAAAAAGGAGUCAAUCCCAUAGACUCCCCAUGUUAAAAUGCCCAAUUUUACAGCAGAAAAAAAAUAUGUUUACAGCCUGGUACAAAAAGUGGUUUUGGUCUAUAUAGCUAAUUGUGCCCUUCAUGUCAACUGUGAGGGGGGUGAAUUUUUUUAUAACUCAUCCGUUUAAAUUAUAUUAAGCCUUAAAGUUCUGCAUAAUUUAUGGCGUGGCCACUUGAGUGACAGGUGGAUUGCCGCUGCUGUCACCACCGUUGUGCUAGGUGGGCGUGGUUUCAGCAACCAGCCCCACCCAUGUCCCACCUCUUUGCCCAUUUUCGAUUACCCGGGAGUGACGUGCAGUGACGGUCGACUCCCGCCCACUAAGAGCUUCAAAAAUGCUCUUCAGAAACCUACGGGUGACGUCACGGACACUACGUCCAUAUUUUUUACAGUUUAUGUGAGAACGUAAAAAUCAUUAAGCAACCGUAAAGAAGACGGCGCAAAGCGGCGUUUUUUUAAGUCCAAAUUAUGUAUUAUGAGGACGAUGUUUAGGCAAUACUUACUUUUUUCGUUUCACAUCAUUUCUAGUCUCAGUGCUACCUGAGGUGCUGUUGCUAACAGCAGACAUGUGUUUGUACAAAUGGAAAAAAAUCGUUAAAAUUAGCUUAAGUUUAAAACGUAUCGACACAGAUUAAAUGAAAGCCUAAUGGUAGAAUCGUAUACUGAUGGAAUUACAGUGGUAUAAACUAUAAAACAUUUUUCUACCUAAUCUGUCACAUUGUAAAGACUACGGCACACCAGCUGUUCUCCAGUAGUAGACGGCUACAGUAGAACGUCAAGAAGUAGCAGUUAAAGUCGCGAACGCGCAAUAUGACGUCAGAAUGCUGUUGCCGUUCCAUCCGUCACUGCUGCUUAAAGUCUCUAGUGUAACUGUCAGUUCCAAAGCAGUGGACCAAUCAGAAGAACUCGGAGGCGGGGCAAAUGUUGCGAGCUUCUGUUUAAAGUAGCAAGUUGGCCUGACAACUGUUUUAUUUGACUACAACAUGGCUCAUAGUGACCGGAUAGCCUGAAUUGUAUAACAUUUCUUAAAGCGAUUAUCACAACUUGUUCCUUAAAAAAAGGCUUGGAGAGAAAUAUCUCUGUCACUGAAUAUUGUCGUUAUUGCAUCACGUCUGAAAAGAGCGUCUCGAGACCCUCGCGUUCUACACUGCGUUUUUUUAAACCACCCCUGAGCGCUGCGUCUCGCGUUUUUAGACGCAAAGACGCGUUUUGUGUGAUCAAUCAGUGGACCAAUCAGAACACCAUGGAGCAAGCUUUGCAAGCUUUAGUUUACAGUAGCAGGUUGGCACGGCAGGCUAUUGCUUAAAAAGUCUCUUAUGGUCUGCGUUAUGAUUAAAAAUACAGUAAAACGGUAAUAUACUAAAAUAUUAUUGCAAUUUAAAGUAAUGGUUUCUUCUUUGAAUAUAUUUUCAAAUGUAGAAGCGUUACUUAUUAUUAUCACAGUUGUGUUGUUUAAUAUUUUUUUGGAUAGAAAGAAUACCAUUUAUUUGAAAAAUAAAUAAAUAUUUUUCUCUUUUAAUCAAUUUAAUGCAUCCUUGCUGAAUAAAAGCAUUAAUUUAUUAAAAAAAAAGUCUUACUGACCCCAAACUUUUGAACAAAAUUUUUGCAUUCGAUUCACAGCAGCAGUUGGUUUUAAGAAUGACACCGAAUCAUAUGCAUGUUUUGUGUUUACCUUGUUUUCCAUGAACAUCUUGUUUCAUCUAAUUUUUCUAAAGGAAUCUCUCAGGGAAGAUUGAUAGAAUAAAACAAGUUUUAAUAGAAGGAAACAUUUAUAUAACCUCCUCAAACUACAGUAGUCAGCAUUUGAAGUGGAUCAAAAAUGUUCCACAAAGUUUUCCUAAGACAAGAAGGGAUAUUGUUUUGGUUUUAGGACAACUUUGAUGAAAGGUUUUGAUCCACUUCAAAUGUUGACUACUGUAGACUUUUAUAUCCAUCUUUUUCUGGACGUGGAAGUCCAGUCUCUGGUGUUUCUAGUAAAAUGAACGUAUUUUCAGAGCCCCGACUGGGGUGAAGUUCACUGGAUUUUGUCAACAAAAUGAUAAGAGCACACAUUUCAACACAUUAUUUUAUUAUUUCACACACAGUAUUUUAAGUGCUGCAAGCCAUGAUUGUUUGUUUUUUUUGUUAUCAUUUAUGAAAGUCAUACAGCUCCGGGCACAGACAGAUUUGCUGGUUUGCAAAACAAAUAAUUGAAAGAAAUUCCUUAAGCUAAUUGCUGUUACUGUGGCGCCAACAACAGCACUGCUUAACCCUGCACUUUUAUAUGUAGUUACUGAAAAAAGUUUCAGUUUAAUUAAUUCAGUCAAUCUUUUUUUACCCCGUUUUAAUGUUUUUUUAUCAAUACCGGAACAUGAGAGCACCCAAACGAAAGUUAGAAUCCAUCAUGUUGAUGCUCAUCGGUUACCUCCAAAAAAAAGAUGGAUGGUACAGGUAAUUCUUUCUAAAUAACACCCUGUUUGUCUUUUCAUUUUGAGUAUUGAAUGUAAAACACACACUUGUGUAAUAUAAGUUGUGUCAUAGAAAUUGAAUGUAUUAGAGUUCCAGAAGUGAAGGAGAAUCAUAUUUGUAAUAUAUCUAAUAUAUCGUUCUCUCCAUGUAAAUGCACUGGUGGUCCAAAUAAACCUUUUAUUUCUUAA